AUGGCGAGAAGAUCCGGCUCGAUCCUCAAUCGCCUCUUGUCAAAUCCCAAUCCCUCUUCUCCAUUCACCUUACCGACCCGAUCCAUCACCUACAUGCCUCGACCCGGCGACGGAGCCCCACGAACCGUAACCCUGAUUCCCGGCGACGGAAUCGGACCAUUAGUUACCGGCGCCGUCGAACAGGUAAUGGAAGCGAUGCACGCACCUGUUCAUUUCGAGCGAUACGAGGUUCUUGGUCACAUGAGGAAAGUCCCUGAAGAAGUAAUCGAGUCUGUGAAAAGGAACAAGGUUUGUCUUAAAGGUGGAUUAGCUACUCCUGUUGGUGGUGGUGUCAGUUCUUUGAAUAUGCAAUUAAGGAAAGAACUUGAUAUCUUCGCUUCUCUUGUCAAUUGCAUCAAUGUCCCUGGAUUAGCUACACGACACGAGAAUGUCGACAUCGUUGUGAUUAGAGAAAACACUGAAGGUGAGUAUGCAGGUCUUGAACAUGAGGUUUUUCCUGGUGUUGUCGAAAGCCUUAAGGUGAUAACUAAGUUUUGUUCUGAGAGAAUUGCGAGAUAUGCAUUUGAGUAUGCGUAUUUGAACAAUAGGAAGAAAGUGACUGCUGUUCAUAAAGCCAAUAUUAUGAAGCUUGCGGAUGGGCUUUUCCUUGAAUCUUGCAGAGAGGUUGCGAAAAGCUAUCCCGGGAUUACGUAUAACGAGAUAAUCGUUGACAAUUGUUGUAUGCAGCUUGUUGCUAAGCCCGAGCAAUUCGAUGUCAUGGUGACGCCUAAUUUGUAUGGUAACCUUGUUGCAAACACCGCGGCUGGAAUAGCGGGUGGAACUGGAGUGAUGCCAGGAGGGAAUGUUGGUGCGGAACAUGCCAUCUUCGAGCAAGGAGCAUCAGCGGGGAAUGUGGGAAACGAUAAGAUAGUGGAACAGAAGAAAGCGAAUCCGGUGGCUUUACUUCUCUCAUCGGCUAUGAUGCUUAGACAUCUCCGUUUUCCUACUUUUGCUGAUCGGCUUGAAACCGCGGUGAAACAAGUGAUACAAGAAGGAAAAUUUCGAACGAAAGAUCUUGGAGGAGAUUGCACCACGCAAGAAGUUGUUGACGCGGUUAUAAAAGCUCUCGAGUAA